AUGAAGGAGGGUUUUUCCACCUUCGGAUCGGCUUGGAAACCCAUCUCCUUCUCAGACAGAGACCAUUUUUUCUACUCUCCUCAGCUUCUCUCUCCUCUCCUCGUCAUGAUAACGCUCAACUUUAAACUUCUGCAAGGGUCAAAUAGCUCAAUUUUGUGUUCUCUGAACAUUGUUGUCAUGUCACCGUCCCUACUGCAGCUGACCGUGGACCACGUACAUUCUCUCCUUUCGUUGCUAUAUUAUCGCAUUCAGUAUUUCGCUGCGGCAACUGCCUUCUUCACACCGACGAGGCCAAGAACCGGGCCGUCGCAGGGUCUACGGAUGCGUCGUAUCAACAGUGGAAUGCUUCUAAUCGUCAUGGCAACAGUAUUGCAGAUGACAGACACUAAAACACGACCGAACCGGCAACAUUUUAGUUACAGGCCGACCAGGAAAGAGGGUCUUAUCACCUUCGGACUACCUCCUCAGGUCGAGACAUUGUUUCUAUUUCACUCAGAUUCCUUCUGCUCUCCGAGACUGUGA